AUGGAAAUAUUCAUCCACCUCAAAGAGAGAAGUGUCACCACUGACGUCAUCACCGCCGACGUCAUCACCACCGACGUCAUCACCACCGACAUCACCACCACCGACAUCAUCACCACCGACAUCAUCACCACCGACGUCAUCACACCGACCUCACCAACACCGACAUCACCACCACCGACAUCAUCACCACCGACGUCAUCACCACCGACGUCAUCACAGCCGACAUCACCACCACCGACAUCAUCACCACCGACAUCAUCACCAUCGACAUCAUCACCACCGUCAUCAUCACCACCGACGUCAUCACCACCGACAUCACCACCGACAUCACCACCACCGACAUCAUCACCACCGACAUCAUCACCACCGACAUCAUCACCACCGACAUCAUCACCACCGACAUCAUCACCACCGACAUCAGCAUCACCGACAUCAGUACCACCGACAUCAGCACCACCGACAUCAGUACCACCGACAUCAUCACCACAGACAUCAUCACCACCGACCGUCAUCAUCACCACCGACGUCAUCACCACCGACAUCAUCACCACCGACAUCAUCACCACCGACAUCAUCACCACCGACAUCAGCAUCACCGACAUCAGUACCACCGACAUCAGCACCACCGACAUCAGUACCACCGACAUCAUCACCACCGACAUCAUCACCACCGACGUCAUCACCACCGACAUCACCACCGACAUCACCACCACCGACAUCAUCACCACCGACAUCAUCACCACCGACAUCAGCAUCACCGACAUCAGUACCACCGACAUCAGUACCACCGACAUCAGUACCACCGACAUCAGCACCACAGACAUCAUCACCACCGACAUCAUCACCACAGACAUCAUCACUAUCGACGUCAUCACCACCGACAUCACCAUCAUCAUCACCACGCAGCAGCAACAAUUAACAUCAGUAACAGUCUAACAACUGUUGUAAAUCUAGACCAUAUGGUAUCCCCUCGCUCACUGAAACCUGUAUAAACCGACAUUAUAUGCCCAUAAAAUAAACAAAUAAGAUACGCGAUAAAGUUAAAACACAUAUUGUGUUCCUUAUUGCAGAUCCAAUCAUUUGCCCCAAGGGCACAGUGACACGUCAUUUAAUACUAACACCCUCCUACAGAGGUAGAUUGUCUUUUUAUCCCACAGCGACACCCUCACAUAAACGAAUAAGCCAGUUUCUGUCAUGUUGGUGAUACAAUAAACGCCGAACGAGGUAUGUACUGUUAUCUUUGGAACCUGUUAAAUAAAAAAUUCUUAUCACUGGUGCAGAAUACACCUACCGACACAGUCUGAUGUCGAUGGGCCAUAGUUUUGGCGAGAAGAAAUUCUCUGGGCUCGUCUGCACAAACCGACCUUAGCGCCAGAACUGUAACCAUACUGUGAAAUAGAUUUACGAAAGUUGUACCCUUAUUUCUAUCAACUCACGAGGGCCCGUGCUGUGAUUUUAUCGUAAACAAUAAAUUGACCAAGAAAAUCGCGAACAAAACAGUUAUUUUUCAGACUGUCGAACGAAAAGACAUUGUCUGCCACAAAAAAACUUAGAUUGUCACCACUAUUGGGUUUAUUUGUUUGUUCGUUUGUUUCUUUGUUUUUUAACGCCGCACUCAGCAAUAUUCCAGCUAUAUGACAGCGG